CGCAUAGGUACAUCGAGUCGACUCACAGUGAUUGGCCACGCUUGAACCUCAGGAGCGAUUCCUCGAAUAGGCUCAACGUACGGUGUGGCGUACGGGCAGAAGUUCCAGCAACACAUCAUCUCGCGGUGGGGAAACAAAUCGAUUACAUCUGACAUCCGCGGAACAAAUCGACCUUGUCGCGUCGUACAGUCACUCCGCCAGUGAAUUACGGGAGCGAAGCGGGGGAGCCCUGCAAUUCCCAACGGUCCGUCGCGUCUUGGUGCUCUGCAUUCUCCUCCGCAAGCCCCAGUGCCAGGCAUGGCUGCCUCGGUGCUCGUGUGUGCCUCGAGCUCCCGUCUGCGCUGGAUGAUGCUAGCAGAGGCGCUCUGAGAACCUGGAAAGCAGCACAGCAUUUUAUGUGGUUCAUUGGCUAGGCGGCCAUGGCUGAUCAAUCUGACGUGUGCUUCCAGCGCAACGUGGGAAUUAGCGCUACAGUGCUCGCACUCGCGUCUGGCAGCACUGACUGAAUCGAAUCGUCCAUGAAGUUUCCGACCUUGUUUCCUUCAACAGCAUCACGCAAUCCCUCGCGCUCGUCCUAGGCUGUUCCUAGUUUUUCCAUACUAAAACAUUCUAUGUUCGACCUUUAGUCGCUCCGUGAUCAAUUAGCCGACUGUCUCUUUUGCGACGAUCCACCAUCAGUUAGCGGCAGCACCGUCUAUUAGCCACAUACUAUCGUGCUUACGACCAGCGCGAAUGGGCCCGUCAUCAUCGUCGCAACGCGAUUCCAAGCCAGAACUCUGCAUAGUCGUUCCGCCGCUAAGCACUGGAAAUGGCCUCGUCAAGGACGCCGCAAACGGCGGGUCAGAUCCCCGUCUCGACGGUUACCUCCCUCUUUUGGAACCGUCGUUGAGCCGAGGCUCGACCGGAAGCGACGACGUGCUGCCGCUGGGCCCGUGCCGGCGCGCGCUCCCGCGGUGGCAGGUUCUGGCGUACGGCACGGGGCACAUGCUAAACGACAUCACGGCGGCGUGCUGGUUCACCUACCUCCUCAUCUACCUCUCGGAUAUCGGCCUCUCUCCCCAGCAGGCGGGAGUGGUGAUGCUGUCGGGUCAAUUCGCAGAUGCUGCUGCCACCCUCGUGGCGGGCGAGCUGAUCGACCGGUUUGGGCACUACAAGCUGUGGCACUUCGGUGGGUCGGUGUGCACGGUGGUGUCGUUCUCGUCCGUGUUCGGUGGGUGCCUGGUGUGCUACCUGCUGGGAUCCGACUCCACCGCCAUUGAGACCGCCAGCUACAGCGUCUUUGCCGCUGUCUUCAACUGCGGAUGGGCCGCCACGCAGGUGUCGCACAUGGCGAUGGUGAACUGCAUGACGGCGAACCCCAGCAGCCGCGUGGCGCUCAACAGCUGCCGCAACGCCUUCACCAUGGUCGCCAACCUCUCGCUCUUCGCCAUCGCCCUCGCCGCCUUCUCGCUCUUCCCCGCCCACUCGCCCUCCGAGGUCCAAGCACAGUACCGAUGGAUCUCGCUGGUUGCGCUCUCCUCCGGCGCCGUCUUCCUGCUCAUCUUCUAUGCCGGGGUGAAGGAGCCCACGCUGGCCCAUGCGCCUGUGCGCCUGCCCUCCUCUCGCUUGCUCAGCCCACAGCCAGCAGCUGACGGCAGCAUCGACCAAUCACAGCAGUGGGGGCCUAAGAACGGCCAAUCAGAGGCAGCUGAGGAGGAGCAGGCGGUGCCAGCGUGGCUGUUCUGGUUCCGCCAGCUGGCAUACUUCCAGGUGGCGGCGGUGUACAUGUUGGUGCGGCUCAUCACCAACGUCUCUCAGGCCAUGCUGCCCUUCUUCCUCAUCUUCGACCUCGGCUUGCACCCGUCCGCCAAGGCCACGAUCCCGGCGCUCAUCUUCGUCUGCAGCUUCAUCACCUCAGUCGUGCUCCAGGAGCUGCACUGGGACAUGGGGCGCAUGAAGAUGGCCUUCUCCAUCGGUGCGCUGCUGUGGACGGGAGCCAGCGCCGCCUUCCUGUGGGUGGACGCGGGGCCCUCCAUGGACCUCGUGGUGUACGCCCUCGCCCUCGUCGUGGGGGUCUCCAACGCCCUCAUGCUCGUGACGGCAACGAGUCUGGAGGGUGUGCUGGUGGGGCAGCACGUGUCGGUGUGCGCUUUUGUGUACGGCUCGCUCUCCUUCCUCGACAAGUUCACCUGCGGCAUCGCGCUCGUCGCCAUUCAGGCAUACAACACAAAAGAGGAAUUCUGUGGUCAUGCCAGCCCCACCUGCCCGCGCUCUAUUGUGCGUUGGGUGCUUUUUCUGCUGCCCCUCGUUUCGUCUCUCCUGGCUGGCGGCAUUGUGCUCUCAACGCACUUGGACGAGUCAUCGGAUGACAUCACGCAGCCUUCGUUGGAGAGCCCCUUGCUCGAUGGGAAAAAUCCUGUUGGGAUCAUCGCUUCAUAAUUGUUGAGAUCGGGGUUCUCCCAUAGGGAUAAUUUUGGAGAUAAAUCAGGAGUUGGCUUAUCUCAUGUAAUAUAGACACAAAUUAUAAGAAUCCUUGCACUGUACCCGCGACUUCUUCUCAUCUGUUAAUGG